AUGUUGGCCACUUUCCAAGGGCGACCAGCUCGCCGCUACAUCACCCUUUUCAUUCUCGUUGCUAUAACAUGGUUUCUUGUCCACAACUUUCGUCCCUACGAACGUUACCGUACCGUGAGAAUCGGCACCUACAACUACCUUCCCAGCAGCUAUGAUUGGAGUAAACAACAAGUUUUCCACCCCGUCCAGGAUGUCAAAUCCCCCCCGAACGGAACCUUCAAGCUGCUGCCAACCAUCCAGAAAGACCGCACCGACGGUUACACCGAGGACACCGAGACCACUGCCAGGAAAGCAGCCAUUAAGCAGGCUUUUACAAAAAGCUGGGAGGCUUACAAGAAGCAUGCAUGGGGCGCGGACGAGCUUGCGCCAGUUUCCCUUCAAGGCAAGACCACCUUUUCUGGCUGGGCAGCCCAGAUUGUCGAUGCACUUGACACCCUCUGGAUUCUCGAUAUGAAGGAUGAGUUCAAGGAAGCUGUUCAGGCUGUCGCCAUGAUCGACUGGGCCCGCACUGGUGAUAGCUACCUUAAUCUCUUCGAGGUGGCUAUUCGCCAUCUUGGUGGCCUCCUUUCCGCCUACGAGCUCUCCGAUGAAGCUGUCUUACUUGGCAAAGCCAUCGAGUUAGGUGACAUGCUUUAUGCCGCAUUCGAUACCCCCAAUCGGCUGCCAUCUCACUGGUUCAACUUCAAGUCUGCCAAGACUGGAGGGCAACAAGCCGAUGAACAAAUGUCUGGCGCUGCAGGUGGCUCGAUGUGUCUCGAGUUUACUCGCCUGUCCCAGAUUACCGGCAAUCCGAAGUACUACGAUGCCACUGAGCGCAUCAAGCAGUUCUUCUACCGCAACCAGGAUAACACCAAAAUUCCUGGCCUUUGGCCACAUGUCAUGAACUACCGCGAUGAGACAGUUGAUGACGAACGCUUUACCCUCGGAGCCGGUGCGGAUUCACUCUACGAGUAUCUUCCCAAAAUGCACGCUUUGUUAGGCGGCCUGGAUCCUCAAUAUGUCGAGAUGACCACUAAGGCUCUUGACACCGCCACCAAGCACCUGCUGUUUAAACCUCGCAACCCCAAUGACUUGAAUGUCUUGAUGUCGGGUAAUGCAGUACCAGGCGAUGAUGGCGCCGCGCCCAAACUUACUGCUGAAAUGCAGCACUUGACAUGCUUUGUCGGUGGCACGUAUGCUCUGGCUGGUAAGUUGCUUUCGCGGUCUGACCUGGUCGACCUCGGCUCUCGUCUGACAGCUGGUUGUGUCUGGGCAUACGAUGCUUUCCCAACCAAUAUUAUGCCCGAGAUUGCUGAGCUUUCACCCUGCGACUCUAUCACUAGCAAAUGCCGUUGGAGUGAUGCGCCCGUGGAGAAGAAGGACAAACUGCCUGAGGGCUUUGUCCGCGUCCGGAACUCGGAAUACCGACUGCGCCCUGAGGCUAUUGAGAGUGUCUUCUAUAUGUGGCGCAUCACAGGUGACGACGUCUGGCGCGCCGCUGCUUGGCGCAUGUGGGACAACAUUGUCAAGCAGACCGAGACUCAGGAGGCAUUUGCUACGAUCAGCGACGUCAACAGGAAGGGCAGUGACAAGCGUGAUAACAUGGAAACAUUUUGGAUGUCCGAAACUAUCAAGUACUUCUAUCUCACCUUCGAGGACCCUAAUGUUAUCAAUCUUGAUGAGUGGGUGUUGAACACUGAGGCGCAUCCUCUCAGACGUCCCAAGGGUGAGGAGCCUGAGACUCCUAAGAAGAAGACGUCUUGGUGGAAGUUCGGCCAUUAA